CGCGGCUUCCGCGUCCUCGCCGCCGCCUCCGUCGUCUCAUCCCCUCUCUCCUACACCCAUCUCCUCUCUCGCCUCUCUCUCUCUCUAAACCCGCACCCGAAGCAGCGCUCCUAGGGUUUGCUCCAACCCCCAGUCCCACCUCCCGAUCGCUCCGAUUCCAAGGCGGCGGCUGCGAGCAAGCUUGCGGCAUGGCGGGGUACCCGGAGGACAACCAGCACGCCCUGAACGGCUACGAGGAGGAGGAGGUCGACGAGGAUGAGGGCCACCCCGGGAGGCGGGGAGGCCGGGAUGGGGGCGCCGGGUACGGCGAUAACGGCGGAGAGGACGGGAGAGGGGCGGGCGGUGACUCGUCGGGGAAGAUUUUCGUCGGAGGUGUUGCUUGGGAGACAACUGAAGAAACGUUCUCCAAGCAUUUUGAGAAGUAUGGGGCAAUAGUUGAUUCUGUAAUUAUGAAGGACAAGCAUACUAAGAUGCCUCGUGGAUUUGGAUUUGUUACAUUUUCUGAUCCAUCUGUUAUAGACAAGGUUUUGGAGGAUGAGCAUGUUAUAGAUGGCAGAACGGUUGAAGUCAAGAGGACAGUCCCGAGGGAAGAAAUGUCAACCAAAGAUGGCCCCAAGACAAGAAAGAUCUUCAUUGGUGGGCUACCACCAUCACUAACUGAAGAUGAUUUGAAGGACCACUUUUCCUCGUAUGGUAAGGUGGUUGAACAUCAGAUAAUGCUUGAUCAUAGCACUGGGCGUUCAAGAGGGUUUGGCUUUGUCACUUUCGAAAGCGAGGAUUCUGUUGAAAGGGUCAUAUCAGAAGGGAGAAUGCGUGACCUUGGUGGGAAACAGGUUGAAAUUAAGAAGGCCGAACCAAAGAAACAUGGGUCUGAUCACAGUAGCAAUGGGAGAUCUAGUCAUGGGGGUGGUGGCUACCGCAGUUCUUACCGUAGUGGUGGAGGUGGUGGUGGUAGUAGUGGCGGCGGCGGCGGCGGCAGCAGCAGUGUUGGUGGCAGUGGUGGAGGUUAUGGAUAUGGUGGUGGUUAUCGAUCUGCUGCUGCUUCAGGUUAUUAUGAUAGCGGUGCAGGUGCAGGAGCAGGAUAUGGCUAUGGUAGAGGGUACGCCUAUGGAGGCAAUGCUGGGUUUGGGCCUGGUUAUGGUGGUGGUUAUGGCGGCUCCAUGUAUGGAGGUGCUUAUGGUGCAUAUGGUGCCUACGGAGGGGGUGCCUAUGGAGGGGUUGCCUAUGGAGCUGGUGCAUAUGGAGCUGGUGCCUAUGGUGGAGCCCCAGGUGGUUAUGGUGCCAGUGGAUAUGGUAGUUACGGGGGAGCAGGUGGUGCUGGUGGCGGGAAUGCUGGUGCUCGGGGUUCCAGCAGGUACCACCCAUAUGGAAAAUAAGAUACACACUUAAUCAGUUCUUCAAGGAUACAGGAGCGUGCGCAUCAUCCUGUUGUCUCCUAGAAAUUCAGUUUUCAUCCUUUGUUACCGAAUCAGCGGCAUCUGAACAUUCUUGGGUUGAAUCAAGGUCGUAACUGGAACAACUGUGUAAUUGUAGUUGCUGAGCCUCCCCGCCUGCCCUAGUUUGCUGUAGAAGCUACACAUGGAAGCUUUGUUGUAUUCUUUAGCUUAAUAUGCAGAGCGCUUAGAACAAGCCUUAUAUGGCAGGAACAAUAUCUGGUGCGGUAGAACUAUAUUUUGUGCUGUAACAUUGCCUUUGCAAGCAGGUAACUGUCGCCAUCUGUGAUGAUUGGUAAUUACAAGUAGGAACACUUAAAAGGAUUUGGUUUAAGCUUC